UUGACGAACGAUGCUUUUGCCGUGGGCUGGAUAUGCGCAUUGGAGGUGGAGUUGGCUGCAUCCGUAGCUAUGCUUGAUGAGGAGUUUUCGACCUUGUCUCAUGUUCUGGGUGAUCCCAAUACCUACACCCUGGGGCGAAUGGGAGCGCAUGAUGUUGUAAUGGCAUGCCUCCCGGCGGGAUCAACAGGAACGAAUGCCGCGGCGACGGCAGCGACCAACAUGAUGCGCAGUUUUCCGAGCAUCUCCUUUGCUUUGAUGGUGGGCAUAGGAGGGGGAGCUCCGGGAAUGCCCAACGAUGAUCCGCGAGAGGAUAUUCGGCUUGGGGACGUGGUGGUUAGCUGCCCGACUGUUGACUCUGGUGGUGUCUUACAAUAUGACUUUGGUAAAACCAUGAGCCAGGGCAGAUUUGUCCAAACAGGCUCUCUAAAUAAAGCCUCGGUGGCAUUGAGGACCAGCGUAUCAACACUGCGAGCACGCCAUCGGAGGGAAGAAAGUCAGAUCCCGACACAUACAAGUACCAUGCUACGGUUCAAUGGAAGGAUGCGUGGGCUUUUUGACCACCCUGGUUCGGAGCACGACCAGCUAUUCCGAGCCGACUAUGAACAUGUUGAAGGCGAAUCAACAUGCGAACGCUGCGAUAGGGGAGCUCUUCUGGCUCGACAGCCUCGUCAGGACAGAGACCCUGUCAUCCAUUAUGGACUCAUUGGCUCAGCAAAUCAAGUCAUGAGGCACGCCUUGACCCGAGACAGGCUCCGGAAAGAAAAGGGCAUACUUUGCUUUGAGAUGGAGGCGGCAGGUCUUAUGGAUAACCUCCCCUGCCUUGUGAUCCGGGGCAUUUGCGAUUAUGCCGACUCACACAAGAACAAGAAGUGGCAACCCUAUGCGGCGGUAACAGCUGCUGCUUACGCCAAGGAGAUCCUGUCGGUUAUUCCUGCU